AUGAAAGAAAGGGAUCUUGUUGGAUAUUGUGAAAUUAGUGUUGGUAUCACAACUUUAUCAAACUGUAUGAUACAUAACUGCUUUGCUAUUGAUAUUGCAAAUUGCGGUGAUGAGAAGGAGAAACACAAUGAUGUUCCAAAGUUAGGACCCACAAAAACCACUGACCGUCAGUAUGAUCGCAUAUUUGGGAUUUGGUUUGAAGGGGUUGAACUUCUUCGUAGUUGUACUACUCAGCCUACUCAUUCUGGAAUCUUCUGGAAUGUUCGUAAGGAUGUAACUAAAUAUUCAUCUCUUCUUAUGAAAUCUAAUUUAAAUCUUUUAGUUUAUAUGGGAAAUAUUGUUGAUAAAACUUAUACUGGUGUUUAUCAUGUUAGCGUCACUUUUCAUUACUACUCAUUUGAGAAUUUUGAUCAAAAAAAGGGGACUUUGGUUGAUUUAUAUGGAAAUUUAGCAGAUUUAAUACUACCCAUUUUCAGAAAACUUCCAUUAAAUGAUGGGUUAUGGUUUGAAAUUCAGAAUUCUACUGAAUUUCAAAAUAAGGAAUUGGAAAUCCCUAGGAAUGUUUAUAGAGCUGCAUUAGAAAUUUAUGUUUCAUUUCAUGAAAAUGAUGAAUUUUGGUAUACAAAUUUUGAUAAUGAUUAUUUAAUGGCUAAUAAUUUGAGUUUGCUUGGAAAUGGUCCUUUUAGGGAGGUUUUACUGAAGUUAGAUGAUGAUUUAGUAGGAGCUGUUGGCCAUUUACUGUGA